GAAAUAAAAAUUGUAAAGUAAACAGUAAAUGUGCUGUAUGUAUAUCGUUUCCAGUGAUCACACUAGCAGAUCUCACCACUAUGAGAUUGCUCAAGCCUUCAUGGGUCACACACGACGGUAAACCAAUAUUUUCCAUAGACAUUCACCCGGACGGUUCACGAUUUGCAACAGGCGGUCAAGGAGAUGAUUCGGGAAAGGUCGUCAUCUGGAAUUUUGAACCUGUCAGAGAUGAAAAAGCAGAGAAUGAUGAAAAUGUACCCAGAGUCCUUUGUCAGAUGAACAAUCAUUUGGCAUGUGUGAAUUGUGUUAGAUGGUCAAACAAUGGGAAAUCUUUAGCAUCUGGAGGAGACGAUAAAUUAAUCAUGAUCUGGCAGACUUCCAGAGCUGGAGUUGGUCCUUCAUUUGGUUCUGGGACUCCAACUUAUGAACAAUGGAGGCCUGCAGCAACAUUAAGGGGCCACACAGGGGAUGUCCUUGACCUGGCAUGGUCCCCCAAUGAUAGCUGGAUGGCAUCCUGUAGUGUUGAUAACACAAUCAUUGUGUGGAAUGCCGACAACUUUCCAGCCCAAGUGGCAGUGAUCAAAGGACACAAUGGUUUAGUGAAAGGAGUCACAUGGGAUCCAGUGGGAAAAUAUUUGGCUUCUCAGUCUGAUGACAAGAGUCUGAGGGUAUGGAGAACAAGGGACUGGAAAGAGGAAGCAAAAAUCACCGAGCCAUUUACAGAGUGUGGAGGAACCACUCAUGUGCUUCGCUGUCAUUGGUCACCGGAUGGUGCCUACAUUGUGUCUGCUCAUGCCAUGAACAACUCAGGGCCUACAGCUCAGAUCAUAGAAAGGGAAGGUUUCAAAACCUCCCUGGAUUUUGUAGGACACAGAAAGGCUAUAACUGUUGUGAGAUUUAAUCCAAACAUAUUUUCAGAGAAAAUGAAGAAGGGAUGUGAACAGGCUCAGCAGUAUACUUGCUGUGCCAUUGGAAGCAAAGAUCGUUCUCUUUCUGUUUGGUUGACUGCUCUGAAAAGGCCUUUGGUGGUGACUCAUGACCUUUUUGAAAACACCAUCUUAGAUAUCAGCUGGAGUAAAUCUGGAAUGGAAUUAAUGGCCUGUUCCAGUGAUGGUACUGUGGCCUACAUUGAAUUCAGCAAGGAUGAAAUAGGUGAUCCGAUGGCACAAAAUGAUGUGGAACUUUUUCUGGAGAAGAUUUACGGGAAGUGUAUGACCAAAAACAAAUCCUCCACCAGUGGGACCCAGAUUAUUGAGUCAGCAGCCUUACUGAAGUUACAGCAGCAGAAACGCGAGGAAAUGCAGAAAAAGCUGCCCGAGGCGGAGGAGAAGUGUAACCUCAGUAGGAUGUCAGACAGUCAGGGGAGUCCCUUCAAGCCAACUGACAAACAAAUUGAAACAAAGACAGCUGAUGGCAGAAGACGGAUCACUCCAAUAUUCCUAGCCCCACAGCUGGAUGUGAAUGUUGGAGAGGCACCACUGCCAUUUAAAAGCCAGGGCAUUAACUUCACAUCUAGAAAGGAAACCAGCAAGAUAGUUGUAGAGAAGCAGAAUAUUGUUACAACUAAAGGAAUGAUCUCCCCUACCUCUCGUUCCAAUCUGUCAAAUUCCAACUUUUCAAACCAAACCACUUCUCCUGUACUACCUCCACCAGGUGGGGAGGGAACUCCCAAAUCUCAGCCCCCUCCCCUGGGAGGGGACACCACUCCCAAACCAACCCAGGAUACCAGCCCCGGGGCUGAGAAAAUGGACACUGCUCAACCCUCAGAAAGUGCUCCUCCAGUAACUCCAAGCAAAGUCAUCAACGUCUCUAUACAGCCAAUGACUGCACUGUCAAAGCCAAAAAUUAAACACAGCUCAUCAGAAAAGAAAUCCUCAGAGAAGUCUGAUGUCAAGGACAAAACUCCAAGUGUCAAGGACAAGAUAAAAACUCCCUCUGAGAAAAGUGACAAGGUAAAAGACCACAAAUCGUCAACUGGAGUUAAACGGAAACAUGACGGUGAAAAGAAGGAGGAGAGACGAGGGCGUCCUCGUAAAGUUGACAAGGAGCGAUCCCUCUUGGCUACUCCUGUUUCUAAUUUUGCACCACCAGUCCUGGAUAGUCAAGGAGCUCAUUACCUAGCAGCUGUCCCUGAGCUUGAGCUACCAGUGGCCUCUAUUCAGAAAACCUUUACCAAAACUGUUGGAGGAAGGGAUAGCUCUCUUUCAGUGGAGGUAGAAAACACCAUUAGUAUUGGAGUGCACACCCUGCACAAGAUGAGGUGUGUUCAGGAAGGACUAACUCUCUGGGAACAAGUACUGAACUCACCUAUUUUAUCAGUGACUGGAUCAAAAACUGUUGUUUGUGCAUCCUGCGAGGACGGGUCCCUACAUAUGUACUCCAGUACAGGAUCUCGGAUCCUCCCCAGCAUUGUCCUAGAUUCCAAAGUCUCUAAACUCCAUAUCAAGGGCUUCUUUGUUAUGGUGAUCACACAGAAAGCAUUCCUGUACAUUUGGAAUGUUCAGCAGCAGUCUGUGGUAAUCAGGAAAGAGUCAUUAAAAACAAUCAUAUCAGGGAGUGAUGACCUUCAGAAGUCAAUGUUAACAGAGGAGGGGAUGCCAAUUAUAACAGUUCACAACAAAAAAUCCUACACCUUCUCAAAAGAUAUGGGCACAUGGAUGCUCCUCCAUAACAAAGCAGACUCUCUCCAGCAGUGUUCAGACCACCACAGCUGUGCACCACCUAGAGACUCCACCAAAAUUCAGGGACCACUGGCCUCAUUACAGACUUCUCAUGAAAGACUGGGUAUGCAGGCCAGUCGUAUCUUCAGCGCUGGACAAUCACUGCAGCAGAGCUCCACCCUCAGUCAUAUUGAAUCUCAGCUGGCAGCAUGUCUUCUGCUUAAGUCAGCUCCUGAGUACAAGUUCUGGCUGCAGACGUACACAAGAUACCUCUCUCAGGAAGGACUCGAGUCAGAAUCCAGGCACAUCUUUGAGUCCAAACUUCGAGAUGUCUGUGACGACCUUUUAGGACCAGCGUAUAAGACGAAGGGAAAGUCUUCCUGGGAUCCCCUCAUUUUGGGAAUGGAUAAAAGAAGUCUACUUCAGGAGAUGUUACCAAGCAUUGGUUCUAAUCUAAAACUCCAAAGACUUUUUACCGAGUACCAUGACCAACUGGAGUCUAUUGAGGACAGAUGAACUAAAAUAAACCCUGUAUAACUGUUGAAUUCUGGGAUAUCAGGUGUUGAAAAAUGGCAGACUUCUUAUACCAAAUGUCACAAAUUCAAAUCAUGCAAUAGAUACAGUGUACCUGCUGAUGUAUAUUACUUAAAGCUAUAAAAAAAAUCCUAUAAAAGAUGUCAGAAAUGAAGGAAAAAGGAGAGCGAGUUGUUUUCUGCUAAAAAAAAGUACAGUUUUCAUAUUUUUUUUAUUGUAUCUGUUAUAGUAAUGAUAUCUGAUUUCUGCCCUUAUCACCUUUGUAAAGAGAAUUGUGCCAAUAAUAUCAGUGCUAAGAUUUCUUUUGACUGUACAUGUCAUGUAGUCUCAUAUAAAAAGUCAUAUUCAUGGUAGAAUUAUAAUAUUUUUACAACCAGUUGUUAUGUAUGAUUUGUCACGAUGUCAGGAUAAGUUAAUUAUUAAUGCAGCUAAAAGGCAGCUUGGGUUAAUGAGGUAUAUGUUUUAUAACUUUCUUAUUGAUGAGCUUUCAUGAAAAAGCACCCUCGAAUAUUCCAUACUACAAACAUACAUAACGUAGAAUGUUGUAUUUGUGUACACAUUUUUUUUUAAACCAAACCAUUUCUAGUGCUUUUUAUUUGAAAAUAAUCAAUGAAUUAAUUGGGUGGGUUUUUUUUUUAAGAUUAGUAAUUACUGAAAAUAAGUUUCACAUAUUGAAACAGAUUUUUUUCUGUUAAACUGAUAUUGGCAUAAUGACUGUUAAACUGAUAUUAGAAUAAUCACUUUUAAACUGAUAUUGAAAUGAUCAUGGCUAAACUGAUGUUGGAAAAACUAAUUUUUCUAUGUUGUACUAUGUAAGAAGAUGACAAAAAAAGGAAUAAUUUCUGUGUGAAUGAAAAUUAUUUAUUUUGUAAUCUAAACCACUUAGGUAGAGGGAGAUUUCCA